UUCUGCCGCGCUAGCGAGCGGACGUGCCGAUCAUGAGCUCCGUAGGAGCGGCUUCAGCGGCCCAGCAGGGCCGCGGUACCAGGAGUUUUGCCUCAGAAGACCCGGAAUACCAAGUUUUGCUGCCUCAAUUGCCGACAGGUCGGAUAGUUUUAAAUACAGUUUUUCUGCAUGCGGAUGUGCGUGCCAGGCCGUAUCGUGUGGAACAUUUCCGAGAUGCGUUGGCUAGCUUAGGCUUACUUGCUGAUGUCAUCGCCCUAGGGGCGUAUCAGAUGAGCCACGUUUGGGCGGUUACUUUCAAGAGCGACGAAGGCGUGAAAAGGCUUUCAAGCACCAAGAACCUCAAGGUGAAUGAACAUCGGUGCAUUGUCGUUGAUCCAGCCAAUCAGGCCGUGCGGCUGAAGCUGCAUUGGAUGCUUCAUAACGUGUCGGACGAGGAUAUACGGACAGCCCUGUUACCGUUCGGAAAGGUCACGGACGUUUUCCAUGAAAAGUGGCGUGUUCAAGGAGUUCAAGAUAAAGCAUCGUCGACACGGGUGGUGUCCCUGGUUCUGAAGACGGGUAUGGCCAUAGAAGACCUGCCCCAUCAACUUCGUGUAGCUGGUGAGCAGACCCUAGUUGUGGUACCCGGCAGAGCACCCCUUUGCCUGAAGUGCCGAAACACCGGACAUGUCCGACGUGACUGCCGCGUCCCGAGAUGUGCAGUAUGGCGUCGCUACGGCCACCAGGAUACGGAAUGUGUUAAGACUUACGCAUCCGUCGCAGGACCUGCUCUCCGAGAGGACGUGGCUGACCUGUUAAUGGACGAGGCUGACGUUGAUGAGGCUUCCCGCGUGCUAGUACCACCGGCGGACACAGUCGCAACACCUUCUGUGCCCGCGGCUAAUUCCAAGAAGGUGGUAAAUGUGCUGCCUACGGGCCCGAAAGAUGCAGUGCAAAGGGCAUGCGACGAAGGAGCCAAAGAAGAAUCGGCCGCAAAAUCCACCGCUGCCGAGGAGACCGCCACGGAGCACGGACCGGUAACUUCCUUGAUGGACGUCGAAGAAUCGAGUGCAAGCAAUGCGGCUAUGAAAAGAGCGAGGGACUCGACCGGCAACCUGGACGGCAACCUGGACGGCAACCUUGACAACGGGGCCAAAGACGAGCCGCCGCCAAAAGCGCAGGCGGGUCGUCGUGUGCCCGUGCGCCUGAAGCCAAACAUCCCGCCGGACAGACGACCGGCGGCAAAACCGCGAAUGGCACGUAAUCCAGGGCACGGGAUCCAGGAAUUCAUCAUACGAAGCUCAUCGCCAGUGCACUACAGGCUUCAUCAAAUUCUUCAUGGCCACCGAAUCGAGUUCACCAUCCGUUCCGAACUUCCUGGGCAAGGAGGAGCUGUUAGAUACGGACCAUUAAUUAGCAUCGGUCAAGUACUUCGAGCGCAACCACUCGCCGUCACAUUCCAAUUAUGGUGCGUGUCGACCAUGUUACCGAACGCACCAGACAGGUUGGCUAUCCCACCCUCAUGUACCGUGCAUGGAGCCUCCGCCGUGUGACGCUUCCCAAAAGUGUACCUGCAGUCCGGCACAGUUCGAAGUGGUUGACCUUAGUCCCGAGAAAAGCUGCUUUGCAGCGCUAGACGGUCAUUCAAGGAAAACCAGGUGAGGAGGCAAUGGCAGAUGGAUGCGGCCAUCGGAGGAUAGAGCCCAGGACGUGUCCUCAUUGGCCGAACAUGACG